AUGAACAUUGUGAGAAAAUUCAAUUUGAUGAUACCUUGGGGUACAUUCUUGCUCCAUAUACUGCUGUUUUCAUUACAAGGAUAUAUUUGUGUAUCAUCCAUCUUGAUGGGAGCAUCGAAAAAUGAGUUUAAUGAAAAUCGACAGAAAAGAGCUCUUUUAGCAGCACAGCUUGAAGCAACUUCUCCAAGAUAUUUUUUCCAUGAAGCUAUUAACUGGGGUGAGAGCAAAAUAAAAGGUUCUUGUCCUCAUGAAUGCCUUAACGGAGCUUUCUGUUCUAAGACUGGUACAUGUGACUGUCAAAUAUUUCAAGCUCUCGGGACAAGGUGCCAGAUUAUCCCAAACAUGGGAAGUGGCAGAGAUGGUAUUUGCAAAACCUGGGGACAAUAUCAUUUUGAAACAUUUGAUGGCUUCUACUAUUACUUUCCAGGAACUUGUUCCUAUAUUUUUGCAAAGGACUGUGGUAAUUUGGAGCCUCAGUACACUGUAUGGGUUCAUAACAGUCCUAAAUGCUUUGGUUCAGUGUAUAGUUGUUAUCGGUCAAUCAGCUUAUUCUUUUCAAACCAAGAGGAAAUUCGAAUUUAUGGCCACGAAAUUAAAAAAGAUGGAAUCAGUUUAAUGUUGCCUCAGACAAUUGGACAGGUUUUCAUUGAGAAACUAGCUGACUACAUUCUGGUGAAAACCACCUUUGGCUUUUCUUUGGCUUGGGAUGGAAUAUCAGGAAUUUACCUCAAACUGUCUGAGGAGCAUAAUGGAAAAUCAUGUGGCCUGUGUGGAAACCACAAUGACAUACAGUCUGAUGAUUUCAUAAUUCAGCAAGAGGACUAUACGGAAGACAUUGCUAUGUUUGCAAACAGCUGGUUGGUGCAAACUUCAGAGGACACCAAAUGUGUACCCACACCCUCAGAUUUCCCAAAUCCAUGUUCCAGUGGAAUGCCAGCAUUUGAGGCAAUCUUCUUCAAGUGUCAGAUACUGUUGCAGUUUCCUUUUCUAAGCUGCCAUGAAUAUAUUGAUCCAUACUUAUAUAUUGCCAGCUGUGUUAACGAUCUUUGCAAGACUGAUGAUGAUGAAACCUACUGUCGAGCAGCCACAGAGUAUGCCAGAGCCUGUUCUCACGCUGGCUACCCUAUUCAAGACUGGAGAGAUGACUUUCCAGCUUGCACUGAUAAAUGCGAUGAUAGCUUUGUGCAUCGGGAUUGCAUUAGUUGUUGCCCACCUACCUGCACGUUUGAGAAGCAGUGUCUUGGCAGCAAUCUUCACUGUCUUGAUGGAUGUUACUGCCCUGAUGGCCUUAUAAUGGACAACGGGACUUGCAUCUCCUUGGAAAAUUGCCCGUGUAGUUUUCAUGGAUUAGCUUAUGCAGUUGGUUCAAAAAUUCAACAAGAAUGUACUGAAUGUGUAUGUGUUGGUGGAGUUUGGAACUGCACUGAGCAUGACUGUCCAGUUCAAUGCUCUGUUGUGGGUGAUUCUCAUUUUACAACUUUUGAUGGUCGACAUUAUUCUUUUAUUGGCAUGUGCCAGUACAUCCUUGUGAAAGGAACUGGAAAAGAUAAAUUCACAAUUACUUUGCAGAAGGCCCCUUGUGAACAGAAUCUUGGCUUGGUCUGCCUGCAGUCUAUAACUCUAAUUCUGGAGGAUGAUUUUAACAAACAAGUGACCCUUAGUAGGGGAGGACAGAUCCUCACCAGUCCUAACCAAGGCUUUAAUCUGAAAGGAAUUGUUGAGAUUCAAACUCUGUCAUCAUUAUUUAUUCUUCUAAAAACCACAUUUGGCUUAAAGAUCUUGUUUGCUAUAGAUGGGGAAAGAAUUUAUAUUCAACUCACUAGUGCAUGGAAGAGAAGAACAUUAGGUCUGUGUGGCACAUUUAAUGGAAAUAUAAGGGAUGAUUUUCUUUCUCCCUCAGGCAUGAUAGAAGGAACCCCACAACUUCAUGCAAAUGCAUGGAGGGUUUCCUCCACCUGUUUCGCACCUGUUCAUGUGCCAAUGGUAGACCCCUGUAACAUUAAUCAACAAAACAUUGGGUAUGCAGCGCACUGUGAUGUCAUCCACCAGGAGCUCUUUGCUUCUUGCCACAUCUACGUGAGCCCUGGGCUGUACUAUCAGCUAUGCCGCCACGAUGCAUGCAAGUGUGGGAGCCCCUGCCUGUGCAAUGCUCUUGCCCACUAUGCCUACCUCUGUGGUCAGCGUGGAGUUCCCAUCGACUUUAGAGCUCAGAUUUCAUUCUGUGCUGUGGCAUGCCAAAAGGGCAUGUUGUAUCAUCACUGUUCCUCAUUUUGCCGCCGUUCCUGCACCUCUCUCUCCUCUCUGGAACAGUGCAAUGAUGACUGCGCUGAAGGCUGUAACUGUCCUGAAGGCAAAUUUUAUGAAGAUACUCUUAACUUUUGUGUGCCCAUAUAUCACUGCCGGUGUCAUUAUAGGGGCAGCAUUUAUCAGCCUGGGGAGCUCAUCCCAACACCCUCAGGCUUAUGCCAGUGUUCAAAUGGGACUGUGCAAUGUGAUGAAUCAGCAACGCCCUCCACUGUUCAUGCCUGCCCAGAAGGAAAGGAAUAUUUUGACUGCAGAUUUCCUCAUCCUGAAUUACCAGCUGGUGGUGUAAAUUGUGAGACUACAUGUGCAAACUUGGCCAUGAACUUCACUUGUGCCCCAUCUUCACCCUGUAUAAGUGGCUGUGUUUGUGCUCCAGGGAUGGCAGAGCACAAGGGAAAGUGCUAUGUUCCUGAAAGCUGUCCUUGCAUCUGGAAAGACUGGGAGUAUCUCUCAGGAGAAGUGAUUGCUACACCUUGUUACACCUGUGUUUGUCGACGAGGAAUGUUCAAUUGCACAUAUUAUCCUUGCCCAGCUGUGUGUACAAUCUAUGGGGACCGGCAUUAUCAUUCUUUUGAUGGACUGGAAUAUGACUACAUCAGUGAUUGCCAGGUAUUUUUGAUAAAGAGCACGGAUGAUUCAGAUAUAUCUGUCAUUGCCCAGAACAAGAAAUGCUUUGACAACAAUAUUGUUUGUUCUAAAAGUGUUUUGAUUUCAGUUGGGGACACUGAAAUUUACUUGAACGAUACUCCUUACAAACAGAAGCGAUCAGGUUUUUUUCUGGAAAGUCAACCUACAUAUCAGCUCUGGAAGGCUGGGCACUACACCGUGGUGUAUUUCCCAGAGAAAGACAUCACUAUUCUUUGGGAUAAGAAGACAACUAUCCACAUCAAAGUUGGGCCACAGUGGAAGAACAAACUAUCAGGGUUGUGUGGAAACUUUGACAAAUGUACUUCAAAUGAUAUGACCACAUCUAAUAACUUGGAAGUGCGAAAUGCUCAGGUGUUUGGAGAUAGUUGGGCAUUAGGACAGUGCGAAGAUCCAAGUGAAACCAUAAAACCCUGUGAGGCACAUCAAAACAAAUUUCCUUAUGCCAAGAAAGAGUGCUCCAUUUUGUACAGUGAUGUUUUUGCUCCCUGUCGCAAUGUGAUUGAUGUUACUUCUUUUGCCAAAAAUUGCCAUGAAGACACGUGCAACUGUAAUCUUGGUGGGGACUGUGAAUGUUUAUGCACUAAUGUAGCAGCCUAUGCUUAUAAGUGCUGUCAGGAAGGGGUGUCUGUCUCCUGGAGAUCCUCCACGGUGUGCUCACUUGAUUGUGAAUACUACAAUGAAGGGCUUGGAGAAGGACCAUAUAUGCUGGCAAGUUAUGGACAGAGUGGCCUUAUUCUUGGUGCCAAUAUGACUAGUAGGAGCAUUUUCUCUUUGCCAAGAAGUAGUAUGCAUGGCAACUUAUUUUUUAAUUUUAUGAUCACACCAGGCCUUUUUAAAGAGAAGGCAUCAUCUUUGGCACUUGUCUCCUUGGAAUCUGCUGAAAGACCCAACUAUUUUCUGUGUGUCCACAAUGAUGACACUCUUAGGUUGGAGCUGUGGGAAGCAAACUCAGCCUUUCAUCGGAGAGCAACAUUUUUCCACCAUCAGAGCCUCUGGAUUCCUGGUUACAGUGCAUUUGAAUUAUACAGCAAGAAGGGCUUUUUCAUCACAUUCACAGACUCCAGUGUCAAAGCAUCAAAAUAUGAUGAUUCUGAAGAAUUCAAACAGUCAAGUAGCUUCAGCAUAGAAGAAAUCCAGGCAGCAGUGCCUUACAGGAGGAUGUGUGAAUGGAGAUAUGAACCUUGUGCCUCUCCCUGUUUUAAAACAUGCAGUGACCCUGAAGCAUUAGCGUGUAAAUUCCUUCCACCGGUUGAAGGAUGCUUGCCUUACUGCCCUAAAAAUAUGAUCCUUGAUGAGGUCACGCUCAAAUGUGUUUAUCCAGGAGACUGCAUUCCUGUGAUUCCCACAGAGCCAGCCUUAGUGCCACCAGGUGAGCUCUUUCUAUCCAUGUUUUCAGAAUGGGAAAUGAUUACCCCCUCAGACAUUACUGUAUUUGACACACUAAUGCCUACAACAGGUUUGGAAUGUGAGCCCCAGCAAUUUGAUCCUGUAUAUAACUGUAGCCAAUAUAUAUGCCUUAAUAUGGAAUGGACAUUAUACAACUGGUCUCUUAAUUGCCCAAAGGAAGUAGAAAUGCCGGACUGUGGUUUCCGGGGAAGACCUGUUCAAGUGAACACUGAUAUCUGCUGUCCUGAGUGGGAAUGUCCUUGUCGAUGUUCCAUGUUGUCGGAACUGAGCAUUAUUACAUUUGAUGGAAACAAUGCUGCACUAUAUAGUAUGGCUUCUUAUAUCUUAGUAAGAAUUCCUGGGGAGAUCAUAGUUGUUCAUAUUGAAAAGUGUUCCUUGAAUCAGAAUGGAAACUCAUUUAAAAAGCUAGCUUCCUCUGGAAGAAUCUCUGGACUUUGUUUUAAGAAAUUAAAUGUGACAACAUCAGUAAAUAAAAUUCUUGUCAAUAGGGUAGCAAGAAAGGUAGAAGUGGAUUCUAUUGUUGUGCCUUUGCCCUUUUCAAAUCAAGAACUGUUCAUAGAGGAUUCUGGUAGUAUGUACAUGAUUACUACCCCAGCUGGAUUAAUCAUAAAGUGGGCUCAUCUUACAGGAAUCAUAGACAUUCACUUUAGCUUCCGGUUUAACUUGUCAUCCUAUACAGAAGGACUUUGUGGAAUUUGCAAUGAAGAUCCAGAUGAUGAUCUGAAGAUGCAAAAUGGCACAAUUAUUGUGAAUAUGGAAGACAUAGAGUUAUUUAUUGAGAGCUGGGAAAUUGAGAAAUCUUUUGCAGUAACAACAAGAAGACCUGUUAGGAAUUGUACUGAGCGUGAUUGCAGUCACUGCAUUGAGUUAUUAAAUAGAAGAGUUUUCAUUCCAUGCCAUGAUAAAGUUUCACCAAAGGACUUUUGUGAAAAGAUGUGGAUCAAUUAUACCUAUUUUUGGAACUAUGAAUGUGAUGCUCUUUCUGCAUAUGUAGCUCUGUGCAACAAGUUUGACAUCUGCAUUCAUUGGAGAACACCUGAUUACUGCACUUUGAGUUGCCCAGAUGGGAAAGAAUAUCAACCCUGUGUGCAACCUUGUGAGGCAAGAACAUGCCUGAACAAAUGGUCCUAUGGACACUCUUCAUGUUCGAAUUUAAGAGAAGACUGUGUGUGCAAAAAUGGGACUGUUCUUCACAGGCCAGAUAAAAUUCAGUGUAUUCCAGAGAGAGAAUGUGUUUGCACUGAUAGAGAAGAUCAACCCCGAACUGCUGGGGAGAUUUGGAAUGGGGGCAUUGAUGAGUGCGUCCUGUACAAAUGUUUGGAGAAUGGAAGCAUCAUUCCUGUAGAACCUGACUGUGAAGAAGAGCCCUCUCCCUUUUGUGAACGAGAAGCCGAAAUUGUCAUGGGCACCAUUGAUAAGCUGACCUGUUGUUCAAAGGAAGUUUGUGGAUGUGACAUGAAUUUGUGUGAAACUACCAUUCCAACAUGCACAACUAGUCAAAAAUUGGUUGUUGGUUAUAGCCCUCUUUCUUGUUGUCCACAGUACAAAUGUGAAUGUGACCCACUCAAGUGUCCUGUUAUUUCAACACCAGAAUGCAGAGAAGACCAAUUUAUUAUUCAUGUUCAGCAGGGAGAACCUUGCUGUUUUCCCCCUCUCUGUGUUUGUGAACCUUGCACUGAACCUAUUCCACUAUGUUCUGAUGGGGAAUUUUUAACGGUGAAUCUUAAUACCACACAUGUCUGUUGUCCUCAGUAUUACUGUGUCUGUGAAACAAAUCUUUGUCCUCCACCACUGCUCAACUGUGCAGAAGAUAUGAAUCUUGUCAAAGAAAAUUUAUCUGGGCAAUGUUGUCCAACAUGGCAUUGUGAGUGUAACUGUGAGAACCUUAUAAUGCCAACUUGUGAAGUGGGAGAACUUACUGCAAUAGAUCAUAACUUUCAGAGUGACUGUGGAUGUUUUCAGUAUAUCUGUGAAAAGGAUGAUGUGUGUGUAUUUCAAGAAGCAUCAGUGUUGAACCCUGGACAAUCUAUGAUAAAGUAUUUUAAAGGGGACUUUUGUUAUAAAAUUGAGUGUCUGGAAGAAAAAGAUAACCACACAGGGUUUCACACUUUGAAUUUUACGAUGGUGAAUUGUUCAAAAGAAUGUGAUAUUCACCAGGUGUACAUUCCAUCCCCAAGUGAUUAUGAUUGUUGUGGAACCUGCAAAAAUGUAUCCUGCAAGUUUCAUAUGGAAAAUGGAACAUCAGUUAUAUAUGAGGAGGGAAAUACUUGGCACUAUAACUGCAGCACAUAUGAGUGUGUUAAGACUGAAGAAGGAGCAAUGAUUCUGAACUACAGUAUGGUCUGUCCCCCUUUUAAUGAGACCGAAUGCAAAAUGAAUGAAGGACUUGUAAAGAUUUAUAAUGAAGGCUGUUGCAAGAUCUGCAAACGAGAAGAAAGAAUAUGCCAGAAAGUGACGAUUAAAUCAGUCAUAAGGAAACAGGACUGUGUAAGCCAAAGCUCUAUAAAUGUUGCAUCAUGUGAUGGAAAAUGCCCAUCUGCUACCAUAUAUAACAUCAACGUUGAAAGUCACCUAAGAUUCUGCAAAUGUUGUCGUGAAAAUGGAGUACGAAACUUGACUGUGCCUCUGUAUUGCUCAGGAAAUGGCACUGAAAUUAUGUACACUCUCCAGGAACCUAUAGACUGCACAUGCCAGUGGAAUUAAAAUCUUGGAUUCCAAGAACUCUGUACAUCAUAAUGUCAAAUUCAGUUAAAUUUUAUGACCAUUAUUUAGGCACUUGGCAGACUUACACUGUUUGACAAUAAUGUGUUUUUAAGACUACUGGGAUUUGAUGAUUUUAUAGUUGGUACAAAAUAUAUACAGCUCCAAGGGCAAAUAUCAGAUUUAUUAGAUUUAUUGCUUCAUUUUAGAGAAUCAAAUGAUCAUAAAUUGUUCAGUUGAAAUGCUAUUAUGUUUAUAACUGCAGCACGGCACAAAUCUGGAAUGGUUCCAUUAAAUAGAAGGCUAUUUUGCAGAAUUCCUUCAGUUUCACUCAUGAGUUUUUUUUUUUAAUUUGCAGUUUUCCAAACCUAUACAGAUUAAGAUAUCUUAUAAUUUCUACUGUUUAGUUUGAUAAAUGUGAGCAGUUAAAUUGGCAGCUAGAUAGCCUUAAAGAAUUGUGUAUUUAGAGACAGAUCAUAAAGCUAUAGGAUUUUAGGUUACUAAAAUGAAUAUUAGGGAUUUUAUUGCAAAGUCCUCUCGUUUUGCUGGUGUAACUGAUAACCAGAAAAUACUUAUGACUUGUGUAAAUUCAUUCAGCAUAACAACGUGUAGAAUUCAUGUUAACAGCUGGAUUAAGUUCUAGGCCUCUUAUUCUAUCAUAUGUUCUUUUAUUUUGAACAGCUUAGUAAGGUGUCUAAAUCCAGAAUCUUUAAUUCUUAAGGAGUUUUCAUUGGACAUUAUUAAAAAUUUUAAGUUCAAUAUGUUUAUAAAAAUGCUUCAUAUACAUUAAUAGUUAUCUCAGUAGUAAGGAGCAGGGAAAUAGAGCAUCAUUUUCUUAAUAGAAGAAGGAUAACUUUAGCUUUUAUUUUUUGUACCAUUAAAACUGCUAUUAAAAUUGUUACUAGUUAACAUUUAGUUAGAUAAUUACUGUAUCACUGACAUCUGAUUUUUAAGAUGUAUUUACAUACUAUUGAAACUGAGUGCUAUUUUGCCAUUAAUGCUGCUGCUUUGCCAACAAAGAGAGAAUCGAAACUAACUGAAUGUAUUAAUAAUUUUACAAUGGGAUGCUACACUUUUUGAUACAGUAGAUUAUUGACAUUUGUAAGGCAUAUAUCUUAAAGUCUUUGUGAGUUCACAAAUUCUUUGCCACCUAGAGCACACGAUUAUCUCAGUUUCUUCCUCAGUAAAGAAAGGAGUACUUACUGAGUGUGAGGGGCAAAAGAUGUCCAGCAUCAAUAAGAGAAGAGUAAAAUGACAGUGAGAAGCAAAUGCUUGGAUCUAAUAAACUAGGCUCAGGCUUGAGGGAGGUGAUUUGCUUUCACAUACUAAUGUUUCCACUUCACAAUCAUGCUUCCCAGAAACACUGCAAUUUAUCUUGGAUCUCCAUGGUUACUAAGAAAUUGAUAAAAGGAUUAAUAUUGCAUCUGCAAAGUCCCUGCAUCUACUGUGUAUAAAAAUGAUUUAUCUUGUUUAAUAUAAAUGUUUUCUGUAGACAUAAACCAUCUCAAUCUCUUUGAUUUUUAUUAACAUAUUGAUUGAAAUAAAUGUUUUUGUUUAAAAAUAUUAACAUUGUACUUAAGAGAUAAAGUGUUAUGUACCUCAAAUAG